AUGUCUGCUCCUACUACAAGCUUAGAAGAUUAUCAAAAAAUUUUCCUUGAAUUAGGAUUAGAAUGCAAAGCCCUAAGAUUUGGGUCAUUCAGAUUGAAUUCAGGCAGGCAGUCGCCAUAUUUUUUCAAUCUUAGUUUGUUCAAUUCUGGCAAGUUGUUAGCAAACCUGGCUACUGCGUAUGCAAAUGCUAUCAUCCAGUCAGAACUGAAAUUCGAUGUUAUUUUUGGACCAGCUUACAAAGGGAUCCCUUUGGCUGCUAUUGUAUGCGUCAAACUAGCAGAAAUUGGAGGCACCAAAUUUCAAGAUGUUCAAUAUGCUUUCAAUAGGAAGAAGGUUAAAGACCAUGGUGAAGGGGGUAUUAUUGUGGGAGCAUCGCUUGAAGACAAGAGGGUAUUGAUUAUCGAUGAUGUUUUGACCGCAGGAACUGCAAUCAAUGAAGCAUUUGACAUAAUAAGUAUUGCUCAAGGUUGGGUAGUGGGUUGUAUCGUUGCCCUGGAUAGGCAAGAAGUGGUUCAUGAAUCUGAUCCAGAAAGACUAAGUGCUACCCAAUCCGUUUCGAAGAGGUACAAUGUUCCUGUGCUGAGUAUUGUAUCGCUAGCCCAAGUGGUGCAAUUUAUGGGCAAUAAACUAUCGGCAGAACAAAAAUCGGCAAUUGAUAGCUACCGUAAAGCUUACGGUAUAUGA